AUGUCCUAUCCUAGGAUACGAUGUAUCUCACAGGAAGUGGAGCACUACAUCAUGGUGUCAGCUCUCAAACACGUGAUCACCGGCGGCACUGAUCAUGGUCUCACCCAGGACUUUCACCUUCAAAUACUACCACCCGUCACCCAGAAUGCCACCUCAGUAUCAUUCCAUUCCACCACAGCCAGCGGGACCAAGAGUGUGGAUGCUGACGCGUUCCCAUUAUGCAGGAUCAACGGCUGUCCGGGGUGCAAUCACAUCCCCCACAUUAGGGAAAACAAGAAGAAGAAGAAGAAGAACGAGAGCAAAACGACGACGACGAAGAAGAAGAAGCACAGGGGAGUGAGGCAGAGGCCGUGGGGGAAGUGGGCAGCGGAGAUAAGGGACCCAAGGCGGGCGGCGAGGGUGUGGCUGGGAACAUUCGAGACGGCGGAGCUGGCAGCGAGGGCCUAUGACAAGGCCGCCAUCGAGUUCCGUGGAGCGAGGGCCAAGCUCAACUUCCCGGCGUCGGACUACGCAGAUAAAAAGCAGAGCGGGGAACAUGAGAAAGCUGACGAGGAGAUGCCAAAUGUAGCGGCGGAUGAGUCUAAGAGAACUAAUAACAAGAGCGAGACUGAGAGUGUGAAAGAGGAGUUGUGGGAUAUGUAUACGGAGGACGACCUUAGAGGGAUGGUCAUGGAUUUGCUUUGA